AUGCUUUUCACUAAGAUCGCCUUUCUCGGCCUUGUCUAUACCACUGGCACUCUUGCCGCUUCUUGUCGUAUCUAUGGAUGGUUCAGCGGCGACAGUGUCCUCGACAAUUGCUGCUGGGGCAAGGGCCAGAAGGCUUGCACCAACCAGAAUCGCGGCGGCACACCUCGUGGAACGAGCGCUCAAUAUUGCUCCGAGCAGAGUCCCAGCUUUUGCGAGAACGUCAUGCUCAAUGGCAAGCCAAUUUCUGAAACCUGUGAUGCUGACUGCUGCUCUACCACCACCGGCUGGGGAAUCGGCUGCCCAAAGUAG